GGGUGGGCGGAGAGCAGCAAGACAGCUGCCGAGGCCCACGGCAUCAGAGGGUGCCGGAGCCAUGGCUGCAGGGAUCGGCAGCCUUGUGCAUUUGCGAUGGUAGUUUGCAGAUGGUUCCUGGUAGAGACAGGGUCUCUGAGGCGGAGCCCGGGUCUUUGUAUAUGAUAAUCCAGCCUGGGUUCCCCGGUGGGUCAGAGCAGCUUUGGGGCGGAGCCAAGCUUGGCUCCAGCCGGGGAGGAGCCGGGAUGCCGCUCCCGCGGUGAUGCAGAGGGGAAUUUGCUGACAGUCCCUUGCCAGGUGGGGCCGGCUUCACCAGGCCUGCGAGGAGGACCGGCUGGCUGUCUCCUCCCAGAGCCAUCGUUGUGGUCAGGAACCGAGCAGGGACAAGGCUGGGCCACUCAGAAGCACCUGAGGACUGAUCAAGAGGAGGGAGGGCCCGUGACCACGCACCUGCCUGCACCGCACGCCUCACCUGCUGGUCCAGCUGCCGCAGAGCUGAGCAGAGGCCCUGGGCCUGACUCCCUGGAGAACCGACUCAGGGAGCUCUCAGGAUGACUGUCCCACCGGGCAACCUGAACACAAUGGAAAAGCCUCAGAACAUGACAUCGAAUGAAUGCUUCCCUUCCCGGAGCACCGUCUUGCAGGGACAGCCUUUCGGGGGCAUCCCCACUGUGCUGUUCCUCAACAUCUUCUUGUGGGUGGUCAUCAUUUUGGUUUACUCCUUCCUCCGGAAAGCCGCGUGGGACUACGGGCGCCUGGCUCUGCUGAUCCACAAUGACAGCCUGACCUCACUGAUCUAUGGGGAGCAGAGUGAGAAGACAUCUCCAUCAGAUAUUUCCCUGGAGAUGGAACACAAGGACAAGGGCUUCUAUUCCUGGUUCUUCAACACCGUUACCAUGAAGAACGAGGAUCUGAUCAGCAAGUGUGGAGAUGACGCCCGCAUCUACAUCAUGUUCCAGUACCACCUCAUCAUCUUCAUGCUCAUCCUCUGCAUCCCGUCCUUGGGUAUCAUCCUGCCCAUCAACUACACCGGCACCGUUCUGGAUUGGAACAGCCACUUUGGUCGGACCACCAUUGUCAAUGUCUCCAUAGAGAGUAAGGUCCUGUGGUUGCAUAGCUGCUUCUCCUUCCUCUACUUCCUCCUCAACCUCGUCUUCAUGGCUCACCACUGCUUAGGGUUUGUGCCCAAGAGGAGCUACAAGGUCACAAGGACGCUAAUGAUCACCUAUGUCCCCACGGACAUCCAAGACCCGGAAAUCAUCAUUAAGCAUUUUCACGAGGCUUAUCCUGGGUGCGUGGUGACCAGAGUCCACUUCUGCUAUGACGUCAGGAUGCUGAUCGAGUUGGAUGAUCAGAGGCGCCACGCGAUGCGGGGCCGGCUUUACUACACAGCCAAGGCCAAGAAGAGUGGGAAGGUGAUGAUCAAGACCCACCCCUGCUCCCGCCUGUGCUUCUGCAAGUGCUGGACCUGCUUCAAAGAGGUAGAUGCAGAGCAGUAUUAUAGUGAGCUGGAGGAGCAGCUGACUGAUGAGUUCAACGCUGAGCUCAACCGCGUUCGGCUGAAGCGUCUGGACCUGAUCUUUGUCACCUUCCAGGACGCCAGGAUGACGAAGCACAUCCGAGAAGAUUACAAGUACAUCCAUUGUGGCGUGCCCCCCCAGCAGUCCUCUGUGAGCACCAUUGUCAAAUCCUACCGCUGGAGGGUCGCCCUGGCCCCGCACCCUAAAGACAUCAUUUGGAAACACCUGUCCGUCCGCCGCUUCCAUUGGUGGGCCCGCUUUAUCGCAAUCAACACCUUCCUCUUCUUCCUCUUCUUCUUCCUCACCACGCCUGCCAUCAUCAUCAACACCAUCGACAUGUACAACGUCACCCGCCCCAUUGAGAAGCUGCAGAGCCCAGUCAUAACCCAGUUCUUCCCCUCCCUGAUGCUCUGGGCAUUUACAGUGAUAUUGCCUCUGAUUGUCUACUUUUCUGCCUUCCUAGAGGCCCACUGGACCAGAUCAAGCCAGAAUCUGAUCAUCGUGAACAAGUGUUACAUCUUUCUGGUGUUCAUGGUGAUUAUUCUGCCCUCUAUGGGACUGACCAGUUUGGAUGUCUUUUUCCGGUGGCUCUUUGACAUCUACUACCUGGAGCAGGCGUCCAUCAGGUUCCAGUGUGUGUUCCUGCCGGACAACGGCGCCUUCUUCGUCAACUAUGUGAUCACAGCGGCUCUGCUGGGCACGGGCAUGGAGCUGUUGCGCCUGGGGUCCCUCUUCCUGUAUAGCACCCGCCUCUUCUUCUCCAGGUCGGAGCCAGAGAGAGUCCACAUCAGAAAGAGCCAGGCCAUCGACUUCCAGUACGGGCGCGAGUACGCGUGGAUGAUGAGCGUCUUCAGCGUGGCGAUCGCCUACAGCGUCACCUGCCCUGUCAUCGUCCCUUUCGGGCUGCUCUACCUGUGCAUGAAGCAUGUCACCGACCGCUACAACAUGUACUACUCCUACGCGCCCACCAAGCUCAACGAGCAGAUCCACAUGACUGCCGUCUACCAGGCCAUUUUCGCACCGCUCCUGGGGCUGUUCUGGAUGCUCUUCUUCUCUGUCCUGCGGUUAGGUACACUCCACACCAUCACCUUCUUCUCCCUGUCCACGCUCAUCUUUUCCAUGGUCAUCGCUUUCCUAAGCACCCUUCUGGGGAAGCUCCAGGGGGUAUCUGACUAUGAGCCCGAGGAGGAGAUGGAGACGGUGUUCGACAUGGAGCCGAGCAGCACGUCCUCUACGCCCACCUCCCUUCAGAUGUACGUGGCCACUGUGCUGCAGGAGCCGGAGAUGAACCUGUCCCCUGCCUCCUCCCCAGCUCGGCACACCUACGGCACCAUGAACAGACAGCAGGAGGAGGACGAAGAGGAGAAUGGUGUGAGGGGCUUUGCACAGGAGCUGGGCUCCGCCCAGUUCCAGGAAGGGCUGGAACUGGAGGGCCAGAGCCAGUAUCACUGACCAGGACCCGAGGCUUCCACCUGGCAACUCCACGGGAGCGGCGGCCAGGGAAGGGCCCAGCAGGGGGAGGCAGGAGGGCCACCCGGCCCUCCCCACUACCUCCUGCACUUUGUGAAGGCCUCAACGGAGACACCUGUGCCCCGGCUGUUGGCCUCACGGAGACCCGGACCUGCUGAGCAGCUCGAAUGGGAGGUGCUGGGCAGUGCAGAGGGAGCCGGGGGUGGGAUGAAGGCUACAGGCGGGCACCGCAUCUCGGGAAAGGUGGCUAAAGCCCUGAGCACAGAGACUGCAGGCUGAGGGGCCCUCCCGGGGUCAGAGUGGAAGUGUGUGUAAAGGAGGAGGCAGAAAGACGCCCGCGGAAGACUCUCCAGGGCCUCUGCCAACCUUUAACCAGCUGCCCUGCUGAGGAGCUCCCAGGGCAGCUCCCACCCCGACCCCAGCCCUGCUCUGAUCCCUCCCCUGUGGCCUGAGGACGCACAGGUGUGCUCGGGCCUUCAUCCAGAACAGCCCCGUCACGGGGAUCACCCAGAGCUAGGGCCAGCUGAGACCCUUCCUGGUCCUCCGCCCCUCGGCGGCCAUCCCCAGGAGCAGCAGGGUACAGACCUUCCUCCUUCCUAUUCUUGCAAGGGCAGCUGGGACAUUGUCCCUCGGGGCUCAUUAAACGGGACCUGUGUGCAUUUUGA